AUGCGCCCGGUGGCCGGGGUGCAAUCUGGCUUUGGCCUUCGCCUUGGGGCCAUUACAACCCUGGCGAACUGCGCCGCUGGGUCCUCGUCGACUGGUUGCACCUACAGCCACGCCCUCGCCUCGCGUCAAAGACAAGCCAUGGACUGGGAGCUCAAGCCCUCGACCAUCAGCAACUCCACUGCGAGCGAGCUGAUCCCCGGGGCCGGCGACGACGCCGACCGACCUGAUGCCACGGCUCCCGAGGCGGCCAUGCCCAUCUUGGAGCCUGUGGGAGAGUGGCGCAGCGCCCCGGAUCGUGGCUAUGCGAAUGAUGCCACUCCAGCGGCCAUGAUGCGGAGCUUCGGGGCCCGGGAUGAGCACUCAACCGAAAUGCCUGACCGCCCGCCCUCGGGCAUUGAUGCCGGGGAUGGUGAUCGACCGGGCGACUUUUCCGGCGAGGACAUCUACCAAUACUCCAUCGACAGUGGUGGCCCCUGGUGGUGGUGGUGGAACAGCUCGCAGGAGAACAGCGGUAACUACAGCACCGGCGGCCUGAAUACCCCAUCCAUCCUCAGCCUGCCAAGUCUCGGCCACAGCCCGAUGACCGGAUCCGAGCUAGACCUCGACCCUCUGGCCAAGCACCCGCCAUCGAAGCACGAUCCCACCAAUCAGCACAUGGUCACCCUGCCGAAAGUUGCAUUGGCCGAUGGCGACCGGGCGCUCGAUCGCCAGCCGAUGAAGCAGCAGCAGCAGCAGCAGCAGCAGCAGCAGCAACAUCAGCAAAAACAGCCGCAGCACCACAGCGCCGCGAUGCGAGGCCUCUCGCCGCACUUGCGAUCCCUUUCGGACGCCGGCAGCUCGCCGACAGUCGGCCGGAGCGCCGCCGGCGGGGGCGACCCAGCCGGCUGGGACGGCCAAGGCGGAGCCUCCUUCACCCAGGUCACCCUGCUGGCCGGGGUGGAGCUCUUCAGCUCGGCCAUUGUUGCCCUGGCCGUCGGCCUGGUUCAGCUGCCCCCUUGGUGGUGGCCCUCCUUCGGGGUGACCACCGACAUCAGCGGGCCGCCCUCGCGCGGAGUCAUCACCGCCCUGGUGUAUGGGAUAUUCUCCGUCGGAUCGGCCCUCAUCUCUUCGCGCAUCUCCCACAUGAUCUUCGACACGCGCGAGCGCCUCAUCCGCACAUUCAAUCCGGAGGUGGCCGGGGAGUUCGCGGCAGCGGCCGCGGUGGCUGCCUCCUUCGCCGAGGGCGAGGGGGCACGAUCGGUGGCCGGUGCCUCCGAGGAGUCGGCCUACUCCCGUGUCAUCAGCGAGAUUAUCAAUGCCACCGAUCAGAGCACCCUGCUGUCGGUGGGGCUGGCCCCCGCGGCUGUGGCGUCGGCCCGGCCCGGCCCGGCGGAAGGCCCCUGGGCGGAUGACCGGGCCCCCGCCGCGCCGGAGGCCGCCCGCACAUUGCAACUGAUUGACAUGCUGGCCGACGCUCGGCGGUAUGAUCGCGUUCGGCGAAGCUGGGCCCUGGACGCCUCGGGGCUGGCCAAUCCGGCCAUCUGGCUGGGACUGUGGCUGACCGGCAAGUGCAACUGGGCACGCUUCAUUUCGGCUUCCAUUGCCCAGGCCCUUGGCACGGUCCUGGGCAUGACCAUUGCCCGGUCGCUACUGCUCAUCGGUCUCGGCGAGGAGGUGGCUCAGUAUGGCUGGUGGCCGUCGACCCUCUGUGAAUGGGACGAAGUGGCCAUUGCCGACAGUGUGGCCAGCUGCGGCACACUCAUCGCCCUCGGGGCGCUCUUCUUCGCCCUGGCCCCGAUGCCGGGCAGCAGGGUUGACAAAUUUUUCCGCCGGCUGUCAAGCCAGGAAUCCCGGAUGCGGGCUCUACGCGAGCUGGAGCAGGCCCUGACCAGCCUGUCGGGGUCACUGCUGCGCCGGAGCCGCACCCGCGGCCGAGGAGGCGCGGCCGCCGGGCCGCAGCGCAUUUCGGCCGCGGACUACUGGCGCCGGCGCCAGACUCGCCGACGCCGGGCGGCCGUUCUCAGCCUUGGGGGUGUCCUCCUGGCCGCGUCGCUCCUGUCGCUGGCCAUCUCCUCGGCAUUCUGGUCGCCGGACCGGCUACCCCCGCGGCCGGAAGGCGCCCAGCCAUUCCACCACGCCCCGGCCGGGGUGGCCCACGAGCCUGACAUGGGCACGCCACAUGCCGUGGUGCCUCCGGCAUCGUUGCCGCUCGGUGACGAGCUCCGCCACCAACACCUCCUCCUGCUGAAUGCCACCUUGCCGGUGGCGGGCCUGGUUCACCGGUAUGGCUCAGCCAUGGUCUCGGUGCAUGGCAGUGCCCCAUACCGGCCGCUGCCCAGCCCGGUGUCCGGCCUACCGAAGCCCCCGCCAGGAAUGGUCCUCCGGCCACCGCCGCCAUCUCCGCCGGUGAUCAUCCGGCCACCGGCCCUGGUCCCGAAUGACCGCCUGGAUUUCGAGAUCGACUUCCUCUUUGUCGACCAUGAUGAUGACGGCGAGGACGCGGAGGGCGGCGAGGACGAGGGCAGCCACGCUCUGGCCGAGGCCCGCCACUACCGGAGCGGGGAUCCACAUCCCCGGGGGACCGUCCACACCCCCGCCGGGGGGCCAUCCCACGCGGGCCCCUCCUCGCAAGGAAAAGGCCAACACCCCCCUGCCUGGCUGGCGGAGUCUGUGGCAGGCGCACCGGCUGCCACAGCCACCACUGGCUCGGGCUCCGGCCCGGCCCCCGGCGGCGGCAUCAGUCUGCCCUUCAUCAUCCUGGCCAACCCAUCCAUGGCCCUGGCCCUGGCGGGAUCUGCCUGUCGGCACCGGGGAAUCACCACCCCGGCCAUGAUCGGCCUUCCGGGGUCGCUCUCGGGGCCGAAGCCCGGGGCGGUUUUCCGCCAUGGCCCGGACUGGCGCUCCUUCGGCCUGUAUGCCGGCCUGGUGGGCUUCGUGGCCCCGGUGGUGGCUGCUCUGCUGGUCCUUUCCUGGAAGUGGCGUGAGUACAGCCGCACGGCCCCGGAAUUCCGCCAGUAUCUGCGCACUGGCAGCCACCAAUACCAGCCCAUCCCCAUUGCCACGCCGAAUAGCCCGGAUCGCCUGGAGUGA